UCGUUUGGGUGAGCGGCCAGAGGAAAAGGCACGCGUUCAACGUGCCAAGGAACUGGAGGCAAGUCUCAACGAAGAUCUCGGCGAAGAAGCGAGGGAUGUUCUUCAAAAACAAGUGGAAGAGUUCGACAAUCGUUGGGAUGAUCUCAAUACGAAAAUGGACCAAGUUGUGAAAGAACGUGAAUCUGAGGAGCCCGCGGUAAUCAAAGCAAUCCAAGUUGAAGAAGUUGAAUCGUCUCUUCCUGAAGAUCUAACUGUGGACUAUGGUUCAUGGAAGGGAGAUGCAGCUGAAAUUGACGAGUCUUUGCUGAAAUCACAAAACACUCUUCAAGAAUUUGAUGUUGAUGUCAAGGAUUACUCCAGUCUGACAAAAGUUGAAACUGAAACGCAGGACAUCAUCGACAAGAUGAACACGGAAUUUAAGCCAAAACUCAUCUCUCUUCGUUCGUCUGGUGAAAAAAUCUCUGAUCAAGAUCCAGCAGUUGCCCAAGAAGACGUUGAUGACAUCGUGAACUCUUCACAAAAAAAUCUCGAAGGAUUGCAAAGCGCUUUGGAACUACGAAAAUUGAGAUUGCGUGAUGCUGCUGUACAGCAUAUAAAUGAUAGGAUACUGGAGUGCGAUGCCAAAGUUGGUGAUGAAAAAGUCAAACUUCAACUGAUCACGCCACCAGGAAAAGAUCUUGAUACCGUUUUAGAUCAGCUUUCAGCAUUAGAGAACAACGAAGAAACAUUUCAGACGAAUCAAGUGCAAUUUGAGGAAGUCCAAGUUCACUUGAACGAACUGAAAAAGAACAAGAUUUUGACCGCUCCUGAAUUCCAAGAACAGUUUCAAGAUGACUGUAAAGAUAUUGCAAUUGAACGCGCGCAAAUCCUCAGGCAAACUAAAGAUCAUAAAAACAAGCUCUAUCGUGCUAUCAUAAACAUUUUUGAUGUCCGAAGAAAAGAAAUCACCAAAUGGUUGAAGAAUUGUGAGAAGAAAUCAAAAGAAAUUCCAAAUGAUAUAGAAGAUCUUGAUGAGGGUUUGAUUGUAGUGAAGAAAAUUAAGGAAAUGGAAGAUGUGUUGGCACAAGGGGAACCAAAUUACCACGAAACGGUCGAGCUUUCCAAGACUGUCCUAGAGAAGGAAGUUCUUGUUGAUAAGAAGGCCAAAGAUGCUGAGAACGAUAUGAAGAAUUCUUCAAUACGAUACAACGAAAUCUUGGAAGAUGUACAGAACAGAAAAAACAGCUUGUACAAGACAAUCUAUGAACUCCUGAGCGUGCAACUGGAUGAAACGGAACAAGAAAUUAAAAAAGGUGAACAGAUUGUUCAAAUCGAAUCAAAACCCGAAGAUCCAGCCGCUACACACGAAGAACUGAGUAAUUUGCAAAGCGUUGUCAGCACGUCAGAUAAACUGGAGGAAGAUAGCGGAAAGUUAUUUGACACAGCAAACACCUUGCUAUCGGCUGAUAUCUUCCCCAAAGACGACAAAAGGGAAAUACGAAGGAGGGUUAUUGAUUUGGACAAAAGAACUUACGAAUUGCCCGACGCUGCCAAGGAGAAAUACGAAAAAGUGUAUGCCGUUUAUCUGACAAAUCUCACAAAGUUAAUCCAAAUACGAACGGAAUGGAUCACUUCAAACGAACCUCGUCUGGACCAGACCGACACAACUGAUGCUCUUGAUAUCCCUGAUCUCGAAAAUAAACUGGACGAACACGAAGAGUUUCAGAGAGAUUUGAAAACGAAUAACGUUCGUUCCGUGUUGGGACAAAUACGUGACACAGAGGAUAUCGAUCCAGAGGUGCCACUUUCGGAAUUACAGAGUCUGGAAAAGCGCUGGGACGAGUUUAACGCUUGGGCGGAACAAAGAAAGAUCUUUCUUCAGGGGACUCUUGUGAAGUGGAAGGCAUUUCGACAGGAACAAUUGGCUUUGGUUGACUGGAUCGACAAGAAAGAUGCUGAGUUGCAAGUUCUAGAUACGCCAGUCAACUUAGCUGAUGAAAAUGCCGUUCAACAAAGAUUGGAAAUGGUUAAGAGCCUACAGUCAGAUGUAAUCCAGCAGUCUCCAAGUCUAGUUCACUUCAAGAACACGGGGCAAGCCCUGCUUGUAAAUCUCAACCCACAGUCGGAAGGUGCAGAGAAAGUAAAUAAGCAGAUUGAAGAUUUCGAUAAUUGUUGGAAAAAACUCCAGAAAGAUAUUGAAAGCAAAAUUGAAAAGAUUGAGAAGUCGAACAGAACAAUCAAAGCGAUUUAUUCCUAUAUGGACGUUGUAAGCAAUUGGUUGGAUGACACAGACGGGAAACUAAAUGAAGUUGAUUCCACAAAAGAUCAGUUGCGUCCAGCUUGUGUUUCGCCGUUGAGCCACGCACGUCACAGUGUCGACGGUGCCUUUGCGAAGGAGCCUGAGGAAGAACCAAGAGAAGACGAGGAAGAGAAAGUGAAGACUGGAGACGAGGCUGAUGAGGAUACUAGUGGAUCCAAGGGGCUAAGUGAAGAGGAGAAGGAACAACUGCGGAGUAAUAUGGAACAUAUAAAAGAUGAUAUCAAGGACAAUUCUCAAGCCAAAGAUCUAAACAAAGCUCGUAUUGAACGUGUUCGACUUCUGGUGGAUGAUAUUCAAGAUGACGUGGACGAGGAUGGCGUCAACUCAAUUGAAGCAAGAAUCUGUGAGAUUGGAGAAAGAUUUGAACAGAUUGACACCCGCUUAGGUCCUAUAAUUGAAGUAGUGAAAUCACCCGAGCUUUCUGAAGCGUCCAGCGAGGCGGAACUAGUAACGUUUGAUGUUCAGCACACUGUGGAACUUCAAUCAUCCCCACCAGCUGAACCAACACCAGCGGCCGGUACACCUGUUGAUACGGUUGAUAUGGGGACCCUGAAGGUAACCGUGGAACCUUACAGCGGUCACGUGACUCUGGAUAUGAACCAAUGGAGAAGCGUCGUCGUAAAUUUCCGAGAUUUUCUGCACCGAUUGCAAAUGAACAUCAGAGAUGUUGAUAGUAAAGAUUAUGAAGAGAUGAGGGAGUGUGAAUCUGAUACAAAGGCAUGUAUUGAUGCCAUGGAAGCGUAUGGAAGGCCUUGUCUAAUCGAUCUUACGAAGUCAGCUCAAGGAAUGCUGGAGUCACCUGAAUAUACAGAAGAUGAGAAGAAUGAGAUAAGAGCCACUCUAGAAUCACUCACUGUUGGUGCACAGUUUGUUGACUUCAACACCAGAGACCAGAGAUUGAGGUUGUAUCGUGCGCUAAUCUCCUACCAAGGAGACCAAAGGAAAAAGAUCCAUCGUUGGAUUAAUUCUUGUUCCAAGGAAUCAAAAGAAAUCAAUGAAGAUGUUGCUGGAUUGGAAGCCUCUGAUGCCGAAUAUAAAAAAGUACAGCAUUUGAAAAGCAAUCUCGCCUCUGGAGAACCAACCUUCCUGCAUUAUAAAGAACUAUCAAAACGAAUGAUUGAGAACAAUAUUUUCCCUGUGAAGAAAGUUCCUGAGAUAGAAAAAGAUGUCGCCAACUUUACGACCACCUACGACAACUUACGAGCCGAUACCGAACGCAAAGAUAAACGUUUGUAUACAACUGUUGUGAAAUCAAUCGGCCAACCACUCCACUCGAUAGAACUUGCAGUGACAGAGGGAGAAAACUGGGUUGAACCAGAAGAACUAUCCAGUGAUUACGAUGAAGCUAAGGAACAGUUGAAUAAGAUGAAGUUGUCUGUCUUUGUUAUUGAAACACUGCACACGCGUUCAGCAAAAGUUUUGAAAGAAACAGAAGCGCUUGUCUCGGAACACGAGUAUCUGAGUCCGGAAAACAAAGAGGAGAUUAUUGAACGCGUUCAUUCCUUAUCUCCAAGAACUGAUGGAUUACCGGCGGCUGCUGUGAAUAAGUACAAGAGAAUGAAUCGUGAGUUUUUAGUUUUGAUCGAAAGUGAGGUUGAAAUUCGCGAUGCUUGGAUCACGAAAAAUGAGGGAAGAAUGUCGUUACCACAAGCUGGGGAUGUACAGGACCUUGAGGGAUUCCAACAGUUGAAACAAUCUCAUGAAGAUUUUCUACGAGAACUAAAGCGGAAUGAAAUGUCAGAAUUUUUGAAAGUCUGCGAGGGAAUGAGUGACCUCAAGAAACAAACUAUCGCUAAAGUUCGUGCCCUUCAAACUCGCUGGGCAGUUUUACUCGCUUGGGCCACGAAAAGAACGGUAUAUCUGAACACAGUCAUCGCCAACUGGGAGGAAUUUCGAGCUCACGAAGUAACGACGAUUGAAUUUAUCGAUGCAAAAGAGAGAAACUUGCAAAAUGUUUCAGAAGAAGUUAAACCAGGCGAUGACGCUAUUACCAAGGACAGAGUGGAACAGCUAGAGAAUAUGCAGGCAGAAACGCGGGAAAAUUCGUUAGGUAUUUGGAAACUCCAACAACAAUCUUCUGCACUAGCGAAAAGCAUCGGUGAAGACGCUCCUUCCAGCAAAAACAUUGAAAAACACACAAACGACCUUGCUGAACGAAAUAGGAAACUUUCACAAGAUAUUUCGAUCGGAAUAAACGAGCUGGAAGCGAACCAGCACAAAGCCUUGAAAGUGCAGCAGUUGUUGGAGUCUGUGAACGAUUGGGCGGAUGACACGAGUGCCUUUCUUGACGAUUUUAAUGAAAUCGCAGUUCAACUUAAACCAGGCGACGUUGUUGUUGACAAGAAAGCCGAAGAAGAUGGAGAUGGAUCCGAUAAAAUAAACUAUAAAGACGAAAUAUCCGAGAAAGAUUUGGAAAAAGUUGAUGAAGGACGUAUUGAAAAGUUAAAAACGGCGAACGAACUCAUACAUAAAAUAGCUUAUCGUCGCGUCGACAUCGGUGAGUACCAGGCUCUCGUGGAUCGCGUCAAUGAACUUCACGAGGAACUUCCGAGGGAUCCCGAUCAAACCUCCGAACAGAGUGUGCAAGUUGAACAGUUGAACACGAAAUGGAAGAACUUCAAUACAGAUAUCGAUAAAGUAGCUUGGGUGAAAAUACCGGGUCUUGAUUCACUCCAAGCCGUAACAUAUAUUCUUCACGAUAUGAAAGUUGACAAAAAAGAAGAUGGCGUAGCUGGUGUGGAAACGUUUGAACAAUGGAAGGAGAAAGCUUCAGACUUAGAAACCUCCGUUAGUGAAGUUGAAUCCAAGUUCAAAGCUGAGAAAAAUAUCGACAAAAGCUAUGAAGCGAUUGAGGCUGUCCAUCGCAAUAUCCGGGAAUGUCAAGACGAAAUUGACAAUAACGUUUUGCCUAAACUCGAAGUGAUUCGUCUGGCUGGAGUCAAUCUUUGUUCUCCACCAGAUGAAACAGCCGAGCCUGUCCCAGAGGAAAUCAAAACUGAAGUCCUAACCACAGUUCUCUCGCUCCAUGAAAAAAUUGAGAAUUUGCGUUCUGCGAUAUCACUCCAGAUACUCAGGCUUGAAGAUGUUAUCUAUGACUAUUUUCACCAACGCGUAAGGUCUGACCAAAGUGAUCUCGCCCAAGAACAGACAGAAUAUAAACGCUUGUUACCACUAAGAGAUGACGUUGAUACUAUCAUCUUGCAUUUAGAAAUCAUCAAGCAAAGCGAAGGUAGGUUCUAUAAGAACGAAAAGAAGUUCAAAGAGUCGCAACAACAGUUCAAUGAACUGAACGAGAAAAACCUAAUCAACGAUAAAGAUCUUGUCACCUUCGUCACGUCCAAAAUCAAAAAUAUCGAAAUCCAAAGAGUCACCUUAGGAAAUCUAUUUACAGACAUUGAGGGAAAGCUUCGUCGUAGCCUUUUGAACAAGUACAACGGCAAUAAAUCGAAAUUUAGCAAAUGGUUGAAGAAUGCUGAAAAACGAGAGAAAACGAUUGACACAAAUAUCGAGGGAGUUGAGAAGGCGUUUAUUGAAUGCACGAAGUUGGAGAGUAUGGCAGAGGCUUUGCCUGAAGGUGAAGAAAUGAUGAAACUUCUGAAUAAACUUGUGGUACAAAUCGAUAUUGAACAUAUUUGGAGCCAGGCAGAUCAAGAAGCGUCCAACACUGAAGUGAACUCGUUUAGAGAUCGACACUCAAUCUUGACAAAAAGUAUGGAAGAGAAACGGACCUUGUUACAAGCGAAAAUCAAAGAAGGUCUUGACCAAACACUUGGUAUUGCCGAGAAGUCAAUCUCUGAUGCAGAGGCCUGGGAUAAACCAAGCACCCUUGACAACGAGCUGGAACAAGCCACUGCGCAAAUUCAACAAUCAAUGGAAAACGUGACAAAUGUGAACAACAUGUACACACAAACAAUGCAAGCUUUGAAACGUCCUCAAGAAAUCGCGCAAUCUGGAAUCCUUCCUGCUGACGUCAGCUCGGAUAUUGACGGAAGAUGUCGGAAUCUCACGAAAAGAGUUGGACGUCUUCCCUCUGUUGUUCUUAAGAACCAUAAAAGUUUGUUCGAAGCGUUCACAGCUCUUCUUCAUGAGGUCGUUGACUCGCGAGAAGAAUGGAUCUCUCAGAAUGAGGCAAACGUGAUGGUGUCGUUUGUCUCCGUCGCUAGUUUGGAUGAUGUGAAGACGAAGAUACAAGAUAACAAAGAAUUCAUCCUUGAGAUAAAGAAGCACGACAUGGCGCCUGUUCUAGUGGAACUUGAGAAGAUGAGCGAUCCUGAUUUCAAACUCAAGGCAACGUCCAAAGAUCUUCAGAGUCGGUUGGCUGCCAUCGAGAAAUCCGCUGAAGAACGACAGCUGGUUUUGUUGUCAAUUCUCAACCAAUGGGAAGCAUUGAGACAAAAGCUCAGGGAACUAUUAGACUGGAUCGAUAUGAAGGAUUUGAAACUGAAAGAGUUGAAGGAACAAGUUGAUCUCGGCGAUGAAGAUGAGGUGAAAGGUGAACUUGGUGAAUUGAAGUUAAUGCAAACUCAAAUGGAGGAUGAACAUCCUGAAGUUGUAAACUUAAAAAAGAUAGCCGAAGGUCUGAAGAAUAUCUUGGGAGAGCAAUCAGACGCUAAUGCUCUUGUUGACGAGCAAAUUAAAGAUUUCAUGGACUGUUGGAAUAACUUGGGCAAAGAUAUUGACGACAAAAUAAGAAAGCUUGAAUCGUCAGAGCGUCAACUGACCACUAUGCACAGAUACAUGGACGACACUCAAGACUGGAUGGAUGAUGUCACGGAAAUACUUGACCAGUACGAAGCCAAUCAACGACGACUGCAGGGUCUGCCUCCCGAAGAUAAGCCGAAAGAAUCCGUAGACGAAACGGAAAUUUCCGAAGAUGAACCGAAGGUUACUGGAGAGGAGCCGAAAGUUUCGGAAGAAAAGGCGAAAGUUUCCGAAGAACAGCCGGGUGUCACCGAAGGUGAACUGAAGGACGCCUCGGGAGAGCAGCCAGUUGAAAUGACGGAUGUUUCCGAAGUUGAAGCGGAAUUGAAGGAACUUGACGAAGAUGGAAAAGAAGAAUUACGAGAGAAAAAUAAAAGUCUGAUGAAAGCCUUUGUCGAAAAACGUCAAAAUCGCGCGACAUGCCAAGCAUUCGUGGACUGGGCCGGGGAAUUGGAGAAGCAAGUCAAUGAAGAUCUCGACGAUGCCUCCAAAGAUGUCCUGAAAAUACGAAUUGAGAAAUUCAAUUCUUCUUGGGACGUUUUCACGAACAAGAUCGAGGACUUCUCCCAAGAGAAUUUGGAGGAAAUCGAGUUCAUCGAAUUCCAGCUGGCAGAGCAAAAGACUGAAGUGCUUCCAGAGGCCGUAACGUUUGAAGAAUGGAAAACAGAAAUUACCAGUAUGGAAGCUUGGUUUGAGGCAAUGGAUGAAAAAUGUAGUCAAGUCAACGUAUCACGUGAUACUGACAGUCUCAAGAAGGGAGAACAGGACACAAAGGUAAUCGUAGGAGAGUUCAACGACGAAGGUAAACCGCGAUUCAAUAAGAUUAUAGUCCUGGGACGGAAGUUGAUUGAUGCUAAAUCCCAGACUCCUGAAGAAGAGCAAGUGAUAACCGUUACCAUCACAAAGUUUACCAAAAGAAUGAUUGAAUUGGAACGAGUUGUCGAGCUUCAUAGGAUAAGAACGGUGGAAACAAUCGUAGAUUAUUGUAAAGAGAAACUCGUCAUCUGUGAAUCGUCUGUUGAACGCGAUGAAGUCAACAUGAACCAAUUAACACCUUCUGGUUCAACUCCUGACGCUGUUCAUGAACAAAUCGUCCUCUUAAAGAUCUGUGAAGUUGAAAUUCCAAAACAUGAAGAAGAAUUUGUGGAAAUUCAAACGUACAUACUGGAGACACGAGAACCUGGUUUCAUCACAUCUGAGACUCAAGAAGAAUUGGAAAAGACUUGCAAACUGGUUGAAAAGAGACGAAGCGAUGUGGAAAAACAGAGGAAAGAAAGUCAUGGAAGGCUUUAUCGAUCAAUGGUAAACUUUUUUGACCAACGAAAAAAGGUGACGCUGAAAUGGUUAGGCAGCUGCGAAAAGAAGGAACGACAAAUCAAACCCGACGUGAAGGAACUAAAAGACAGCAAAAACGAGUACAUCAAAGUCAAGGAAGUCCGCUCGGAGUUUGAUCAGGGACGCCAGAACUUUGUCGCCUUUAUUGAAGUGCACAAACUUAUCGUCGCUGAUGAGGUGACUGAUGAGAAGAAGACUAUCGAAGUGGAAAGAGACGUGAACUCCAUUUCUGGCAGAGUGGAACAAGUUGACAAGAUCUUACAUGAACAGGAAACAAAGCUCUACACGACAUUGUUAUCAACAUUGACGGUUCUUUUGGACUCGAUCGAGGCGACAUUGAGCGACGCUCGAGGAAGAAUUAAACCCGACGAGGCAAUUUCAACCUAUUUCAAAACAGCGAAAAAACAGAUGGAUGAGACAAAGACAAUGGCCCGCGAUAUUCAAGUGAUUCACUUGACUACGAACAAACAGUUGGAGCUAGGAGAUGACGUCAAGAAGGCGAAGCUUCUUGGACCAGAAGACGCUGACACCAUAGAACUGAGGCUCAGUGAUUUGACGAAAAAAUCAGCUGACUUGCAAGAAGCUGCCCAGAAUAAAGACCUUAGAAUGCGUGCGGAAUAUGUGAUGACGUUCAAGACAGAGUUACAAAGAUGUAGUCAAUGGAUUACUUUCCUGGAGUUGAGAGUGGAGAAAACAGCUGCCGAAGCCGAGGACUAUCAAGGAUACAAACAACUGAAAGAAGAUCAUAUUCAUUUCGAAGAAGAUUUAAAGGUCUAUGAUCUUAAUAUGUUGCUCAAAGAGGUGGGCAAAAUCGACGAGCUUGAACCUUCUGUUAAACAAGAACUUGCCGCUUUGGAAAAGCGUUGGAAGAAGUUGUUGAGAUGGUCUGAAGAGAGAAGCCUUCGCUUAUCAAAGAUCGUUUCACUCUGGUCGAAAUUCCGUGAAGAGGAGAUCUUAGUAUUAAACUGGAUUGAUGAAAAAGGCGAAGAGCUGAAGGUCGCUGAUCAAGUUAAUCUUGCUGACGAGGAAGCCCUUCAAGAACAAUUGGACAUAUUUAAGGCUUUGACACCAGAACGAGAGGAAUUCGUGAAGCGUUCGACCGAAGUUGAAGAUAUGGGUCAUGAAUUGAAGAGAAUCGUCGGAGACAAUACAAGAGCUGGGGAUUUCAUUCAAAAACAACUUGUGGAUCUCGAUCAAGUGUUCAAUGAACUAAUAAAGCAAAUAAUUCAGAAGAAUGUUCAGUUGGAAUCAGCGCUGGAGAGACUGCGAUCCAUGUCUGCGGAGAUGACCAUCGUAAAAACUUGGUGUAACGAAACUGAACUGCUUCUGAAUGAGUAUGACGUCAUGGAAAAGCGGUUGCAAGAUCUCAAUGUGGGCAAGUCUGAUCCACCUCCAGUGACCGGGGAGCAGACAGAAAAGACUGAAACCAAGAGAGAAAAACGCGCUCGAAUCAAAGAAGAAAAAGCAGAACUGAGAGAAGAAAUGAUUCAGAAUGUUGAAAAUCUCGCUAAAAAGUUUGAAAAGCUGCCAGCAACCGACUUAAAGGUAAAACACGUCAACACGUUGGGGAAUGAAUUGAAAGGAGAAAUAUCCGACGAGGCAAAAAAUGCUGUGAAUACAGAACUCGAAGCUUUCAACGAGCGGUUCAAUUCUGUCAGUCAACGUCUCAAAGAUAUGGAAAACAGAGAUCUUCCUGAAGGCUCUGGUUGUUGGUUUGUACGAUUCAUGCGACGAAAGAUGUUUCGAGCUUCAAUCAAUUAAAUCUCACUGAGAAACAAGUGGAUAGUUUAGUAAUCUUUAAAGUAAUUUCAAAGCACGUUAGCAACAAAACUUCAUAAAUAUAAACACACGUAGAAAUUAGUAUUAUAUAGGUAAAUCAAUUUGUGUCAUAACUGAUUGUGUUAUCGAUUUAUAUCUUUAUAUUAAGCUUAGUUUUUCCUUAAUUAAGCACUAAAUAUGAGGUA